AAAAAAAAAAAGGCAGGAAGCCUGGGCGUUCUUCCUCUGAGAAAAACAAAAGCGCUGUCUGGGUGAGAAAUUUAUCUCAAGGUUAAAAUCUCAACAGAGAAAGGACAACAAGGCGAAACUAGUAUAGUUAAGCUUCUCUCUGAGAAAAGAUGUCUUUCCAGUCCGAGGAGGAUCUUUCCUGUCCCGUCUGCCAUGACAUCUUUAGGGAUCCAGUUUUCCUGACAUGCAGCCACAGCUUCUGCAAGACUUGUUUGAAGAACUGCUGGGCACAGAAGCUGGAACAGCAGUGCCCAGUCUGUAAAAAAAUGUCUGAGCAGAGUGACCCACCCUGUAACUUGGUCUUAAAGAACCUCGCUGAGGCCUACUUAAAAAAGAAAAAUCAGAGCACUGCGGCAGGGUCUGAGGUUAUCUGCAGUCUGCACUUUGAGAAACUCAAACUGUUCUGCUUGGACCAUCAGGAGCCAGCAUGUGUCAUCUGUCGUGAUUCGAGAGCACACGUCGACCACAAGUUCUGGCCCAUCGAUGAGGCCGCGCAGGAUCACAAGGAAGAGCUCCAGAAAGCCCUGAAACCCUUACAGGACAAACUGAAGGUCUUACAAAAAGCGAAAGGAAACUUUGAUAUAACAGAGAAACACAUUAAGACCCAGGCUCAACAAACAGAGAAGCAGAUCAAGGAGCAGUUUAAGAUGUUUCGCAUGUUUCUGGAUGAGGAAGAGAAGACCAGGCUGGCUGUUCUGAGUAUAGAAGAGCAAGAGAAGAGUCAGCAGAUGAAGGAGAAGAUUGCGGCUCUGAGCAGAGAGAUGGCAGGUCUUUCAGCCACAAUCAGAGCUGCAGAGGAGGAGCUGAAAGCUGAAAACGUCGCUUUUCUGCAGGACUACAAGGGUACAAUGAACAUGGUCCAGCUGUACCCCCAGCUGGAUGCUCCACAGGUGGUCUCAGAAGCUCUGAUAGAUGUGGCCAAACACCUGGGCAACCUGGGUUACAACAUCUGGAACAAGAUGAAGAAGAUGGUCUCCUACUCUCCUGUGAUUCUGGACCCAAACUCUGCCCAUCCAAAUCUCCUCAUCUCUGAAGAUCUGACCAGAGUGAACGUCAGUGAGAAACUUCAGCUUCCCGACAAUCCAGAGAGGUUUGACUUCUACCCGAUUGCUAUGGCCUCCGAGGGCUUUUACUCAGGCACUCACAGCUGGGAUGUUGAAGUUGGAAACAGCACAGACUGGAAAGUCGGUGUGUUAGCAGAGUCUGCCAAAAGGAAGGGAGAGCCGCAAUCUGGAUUAUGGAGGCUAGGGUUUUAUAAAGGUGAAUACACAGUGCGCUCCCUGCCAGAGUCUUCCACCGUUCUCUUUUUAAAGGCAGUGAAGAAGGUCAGAGUUCAGCUGGAUUGGAACAGGGGGAAGGUGUCAUUCUCUGAUCCUGACACCAAAACACACAUACACACCUUCACACACACUUUCACUGAGAAGAUGUUUCCAUACGUAAGUAAUCUGAGUAAAAUUCCACUGAAGAUGUUGCCCGCAACAGUGAAGUAGGGUGGUGGUUCAUAGGCAUGAAGCCAGAAGUGGUGGAAAUAAACACACGGAUUGCAUGACAGCUAGUUAGAGAGCUCACAUGAUAAAACUAUCCUUGUUAAAAAAUAAAUAAAUACAUUCCACAGUUAUGACACAGUUAUCUCAUAUUAAUAUUAUUUAACUGUAGAGAAAUUAUUCAACUUAGUUAACCAGUUAUCUACUAAUUAUUCAUAUGAAAAUCAGGAAUGGGGCAGUUUGUUUAUAUAGAUUUGGGGUAUAAUGUUGCUUUAAAUUUGUUUAUUCAUUUCAGUAAUUCAUAGCAUAGUUCACUGACCGUGUGUAAUCUUUGGGAGUGAGCAUAAUAUUUAAGGGUAAAACACUUAGUGUUUGUGUCUUUUCAGAGGAUGGUGUUUUAUAGCUUUAUAACCAUAUGUAAGGUGGCUUUUAAGUUCUGUGAUACCAACUGUUACAAACUAAAAAACCUCAGAUCGAGUGAUUGUAUCAAGUCUGAACUGCAAUUUAAUUUCAGUUCAAUAUGAUGAAUCUUUUGUGUUGUUUAUUUUAACAAGAGACACGAAGCCAACUUUUGGUCAUCAUGCAAAACAGAAGUGAUAAUCUCAAAUUAUUCAGCUUUAAUGUUUUCAUGUAUAAAAUUAUGUGUUUGUGUAAGUAACAGGUUAUCUGGCAUUUAUAUGGAUUGCUCCAUUCAAACACAGAUUUCAUUUUAACAGAUAAACAAAUACCGUUUGCCCCUUCAGUUAUCUAAUAUGUGGCUCCUCAAAUACUUUACACUAUAGCGAGUCAACUUCUUUUUUUUCUCUCAUAAUGAAAUGUUUUCCCAACAAUGCAUUUAGUUUUUAUUUAUUUCUAAUUGUUUAUUUCUUUCUAUUUCAGUUCCUGUUAGUUUCAGGUGUUGUCAUUUCAGUUUAGCUUGUAUUUGUUUUGGAUUCCUGCAUUGUAAUAUGGGUGAUUUAUCAGGGAAAGACUGAUGAUGUAACAGGUAUUAUAACACAAGUUAUCAUGUAGACAUCAUAUUCUCAAUAAACAUUUGCACCAAU